AUGGGUGACUGGAGUUUCCUUGGCAACAUCCUCGAGGAAGUCAACGAGCAUUCUACUGUAAUCGGUAGGGUGUGGCUUACCGUACUCUUCAUCUUCCGAAUCCUCAUUCUGGGCACGGCCGCAGAGUUUGUGUGGGGCGACGAGCAGUCGGAUUACGUGUGCAACACGCAGCAGCCCGGUUGCGAGAACGUUUGCUACGACGAGGCCUUCCCUAUUUCGCACAUUCGCCUUUGGGUUCUCCAGAUCAUCUUCGUUUCCACCCCAUCUCUGGUGUACGUGGGCCAUGCCGUCCACCACGUACACAUGGAAGAGAAACGCAAGGAAAGAGAAGAGGCAGAACUCAACAGGCAGCAAGAGAUGAAAGAGGAGAGGCUUCCGCUCGCACCUGAUCAGGGAAGCGUCCGCACGGCCAAGGAAACCAGCACGAAGGGCAGCAAGAAGUUUCGUCUGGAGGGCACGUUGUUGAGGACCUAUAUCUGUCACAUUAUCUUCAAGACUCUCUUUGAAGUAGGCUUUGUGGUGGGUCAAUACUACUUGUACGGCUUCCGAAUCUUGCCGCUGUACAAGUGCAGCCGUUGGCCGUGCCCGAACACGGUCGACUGCUUCGUCUCGAGACCUACAGAGAAAACCGUCUUCAUCAUCUUCAUGCUGGCCGUGGCUUGCGUCUCCCUCUUCCUCAACUUUGUAGAAAUCAGCCAUUUGGGGUUGAAAAAGAUCCACUUCGCAUUCCGUAAGUCAGCCAGGUCCCAAGACGAGGGACCCGGUGUUGCCGAGAAGGCGGUGUCCACCAUCCAGAAGGCCAAAGGCUACAAGCUGUUGGAAGAGGACAAGACCACGUCGCAUUUCUUCCCCUUGACAGAGGUGGCGGAGCAGUUGCCGGCACCCUACGCGCCAUUUGAGGAAAAAUCAGAUGAAGCAAGUGCAUCUAAGAAAGACGUGUCCAAAGUGUACGACGAGAUGCUGCCAUCCUACGCCCAGACUACUGUGAUAGGGCCGAGUGCGGCAGGCAUCCUACGCCGAGAUGAAGACGAGGACGAGCUGGCCAUGGAAGCCAGUGAGACGAUAGAAGAUACAAGACCCCUCAGCAGUCUAAGCAAGGCCAGCAGCCGUGCGCGGUCGAAUGACUUGACAGUAUAAAUGAUGUCGAACUGAAUUGGAAGUGCAGCGAUCGAAAUUGUAAUUUUGUGAAAGAGCCUAUAAAGUAAAAACAAGCGAGGGGCGGGCUGGCAACGGCACUGAGAUGACACUUAUAAUACCAGCUUGUUAUUUUAAAGAAAAACAAUUUGGAAAAAAAAACCAUGCUAUGCAAUUUGCGUGAGGAAACUUGAGAGUUUGAUUCAUUUUUUAUACAGUAUUUUUUGUACUGUUUUUAUCAAAGAGGUAUAAAGUUAACAAACCAAAGUUAGACAUCAGCUGCGUAGAAAAACAUAUUUACCAAUCUAUGUGCCGUUUUUGAACAGUAACAUUUUCUAUCCAGAAUUUUCCUCAUCGAAGGUAAGAUUCUGAUGUUUACAUUUUUGGAUUAGCCAUUAGUUAAACGUCGUAUGU